CUGACUCCCUUCCUGCUGCAUCACAGCAGCCUUUAGCAGCUCUGGUAGUACUUGUGACCGCGGGGGACGGAAUAUACACCGCUAGUUCACAGAAAACAGCAGCCUUUAGCAGGUUUAACAACAUCCUAACACGGGGCUAGGUGUCAGGAAGUGGUUGCAGUGCGAUAACCCCGCUCCAGUUGUUGGGAUAUGGCCAGGCCGGAACAGGUUCUGCUCUUGGAGCCUCAGCACGAACUGAAAUUCAGAGGUCCAUUUUCAGACGUGGUCACCACAAAUCUUAAGCUCUCCAACCCGACAGACAGGAAUGUAUGUUUUAAGGUCAAGACGACAGCGCCCCGCCGGUACUGUGUGCGGCCUAACAGCGGCAUCAUUGAUGCAGGCACCUCAAUCAAUGUCUCUGUCAUGUUGCAACCCUUUGAAUACGACCCAAAUGAAAAAAGUAAGCACAAGUUUAUGGUCCAGUCCAUGCUAGCACCUCCUGACAUGACUGACAUGGAGGGAGUGUGGAAAGAAGCAAAGCCAGAGGAGUUGAUGGACUCUAAGCUGAGAUGUGUUUUUGAGAUGCCAAUGGAGAAUGAAAAAACGCAUGAUAUGGAGUCCAACAAGAUGUCGUCGAGCUUGCUGAAGUCAGAGUCAUCUGCGCUGCCUGUGAAGUCGCUGAGCUCCACCCUGGACGACGGAGAAGUAAAAAAGAUCAUGGAGGAGUGCAAGAGGCUGCAGAUGGAGGCUCAGAGGCUACGGGAAGAAAACAAACAGAUUAGAGAAGAUGAUGGUUACCGGAUGAGGAAGAGCAACAUCAUGUCAUCCCAGCAUGCCUCAGGCUCCAUGAAGAGGGAGGAAGGUUUGAGUGCCCGCUCCGUGGCCCUCAUCCUCCUCUUCUUCAUCGUCGGCGUCAUUGUGGGGAAGUUGGUGUUGUAGAGCGCAACACUUUGGUCAGCCGCAGCAUGCUUUCAUGGUGGAUGAAAAUACACACAGGAGCUGGGAUUUUUGGAUCAGAAUGCCAUAUUUGCUGG